AUGGCAACCCUUAUUUUUCUCAUAAGUGUCCUUGCAUUUUCGGUAUGCACAUCGACGUCUCAACUUCAACCUCGCUCUAUCACCCUGCCCGAUGGAUGCCCUAUUCCCACAUGGCGAGUCAACAAUUUUCAAUGGUACAAUGGCUCUCACAGUCUGGAUUGUGUCCAUAACGAGGCCGAUAUCGAUGCCAAGGGGUGUCUUUGUGGAAAUGAGUGGUGUGAGCCCGAUCCCGCAACGUGCAAUGGGACUAUGGUCAAUGUGUGCUGGACUGGAAUGCCGAACUAUGAGCCAUGGGGUUAUGGUCCCCUGGAGACACUAGACAUCAACUUCGAAGACGGCCUUGUCUGCCACGAUCAAUACAUUGGGUAUCGCAUUCAUGAUAUAGGCAAUGGCGAGAGCAACUGCGGAUAUGCUGAUCGCGGUUCUGGGCGUAUUGUUGCUUUCUACGGAACCACAAACCUAGAAAGCACAAUGGGGUACAUGGAUUAUACUCUCGGCAAUGGACAUGCAAUUGAGUGCGCCAAUGGGAGCCGCAUCACCUAUUACGGUAGCACAUCCUUCGAGCUGAACUGUACGCACGACGCCUUCUUCAACGCCACUUGUACGGCCCCUGUCUUUGAAAUCCCAGUCCUUAGCUAUAAAUGGGUCCAGUGA